AUGAUCAAUAUUUUAAGUUUAGGUUCAGUAAAAUCAUACUCUGUCUUUCCACCUUCGUAUGUAAAACCAAUUUUUAAGAAAGAUCAGCAAGCAUUGUUGCAAGAGACCGGUGAAGCUGAUCGUUUAGCUCAUGUACCAAUAAAACCAGCUUUUCAUGAUGAAACUUGUUCUGAAUUUCAUGAUCCAAUUGCAAGAAAAUUUACAAAUUUUAUUAUGAGAAAAGGAAAAAAAGCUUUAGCACGUAGUUUAUUGGAGCAAUGUUUUGAAACGAUAAAACGUACACAAUUAGCUCAUUACCACAAGAGCAAACCAGAAGAACGCGGUCAAAUUAUAUUAGAUCCUCUAGUUAUUUUGCAUAAAGCUAUCGAAAAUGUGACUCCUGUAAUGGAACUUUUAGGCAUUAAAAAAGGAGGAAACACCUAUCAAGUACCCGUGCCUGUGACAGAAAAUCGCCGGAGAUUUUUAGCUAUGAGUUGGCUAGUAAAAUCAUGCAAAGAAAAAGAAGCCAGAACUCCUUAUGCAGAGGUUCUGGCACAAGAGUUAAUAAAUGCAUCCAAUAAUACAGGACGUGUGGUGAAGAAGAAACAAGACCUCCACAAACAGUGUGAAGCCAAUCGUGCUUACGCUCACUUCAGAUGGACAUAA